AUGGACUCGGUGGAAGUUGAUGAUUGGAUAGACGAACUAAUUUCUACUGACGUGAGUGUUGAUUGUACUACUGAAGACUGUAUUGAUAGUUGUUCAUCAUCUUGUUCUGUGGAUAGUCUCUCUGACUGUGAGCUAGUUGUGAGGGAGGAUGAAUGGGAUAUAGAUAAUGGAAGUAAUAAAAGAUGUAAAUGUAGAGGUAACAAAAGGCAUGUCUCCGUGAAAACGGGGACAGUAAAAGGGACUAACUUUGGAUACUCUACCCAUGCAAUCGAUCCGCAACAUAUCAGAACUACUCAAAUUUCUGGUGUACUAUGGCAAAAUGCUGAACUGGAAAGGAUAGGGUUUUCCAAUUUGUUUGAAACUGCAUAUUCUGUAACAGUAUUUUACAACAAAAUAUAUGAUGACGAUCCGUAUUCAAUUAAUAAACCUCUUCUCAUAAGGGCUAAAGAUGAUGGUCAACAAAUACAUUGGUUUGAAAAUAUUGGAAGUCAUGCUAAUAAAAGAUGGAGAAGGCUUCGCCAAGAUGAGUUGAAGGAAUUUCCUGAUGAAAACAACUAUUCUGGUAAAAAGGAAUUUGAGACUAAGCUAAAGGCGUUAUCAUGUAGAUUGUUUGUCGCUCAUAGAAUACACAUAGACUUCGAUCAGAAUAAAGGUUACGAGAUUGAUUGUGAAAUUUGUAGUGAAAAAUUAGAGAUAAAGGUUCAACAAGAUUCCGUUAAGGAUUCUGAAGGUUAUAAAAAGUACAAUUAUAGCGGCGAAUUUUCCGAGAAUUCUAUUCUUGUCUACAGAAGAAGGCAACUCACCUUUCAGAAGCGGUUAAGAUAUAAGACUGGUUAUUACCUCCCAAUUCCAGUUGACAAGGACAAUUUUAAUAUUGUGUCGGCCUAUUACUGGAAGGAAGACGACCAGAAGAAGAACCCUCUAUUGAUAGAAUUUUUUAGUGAUAAUGGUUAUUCAUACUGGAUUGAAAAUAUAAGUAGUCCUGACAAAAAUGGUAAUUAUAAACAUGACAAAUGGAGAGCUUUACCUUGGACGGAACGUAUUCCAGAUGAACUUAAGGGAAGAUUGGACCUUCUCAACUGCAUAUACAAUAAAGUAGUUCAGAUUAAGAUUGGAAGUUCCGGAGAUUGCCAUCCAAAGCGCCACAUUCUACACAGAAAUAGGAUCAGCUAUGGGUACAGCGAAGAUUAUGGUACGGAUCCUGUUUUGUUCUCUCACAAGUAUUGGAACUCUGAAGGUACUAGAAAAUCUCUUAACAUAUCUGAAAUUUAUGUUGGAAGUGAUAAACAAAAUUUUAGGAGUGUUGGUCCACCAUUUAGGGAUGUUAAGAUGCUUAUUGCAUACGUAUCUCCAUGUGACAAAGAUAAACCAUUCCUUAUGUGUUUAGAAUAUGAGAAUAAGAAUUAUAAAUGGUACCAAAAGAAAAACAAACAAGGUUAUUGGGAAGAGUAUGAAGGAUUCCCUGAUAAAAGAACUCCUGGUGAUGUUAAACAUCAACUUGGAGGUAUUUUGGAUAAAGUCAGGCAGGGUCUGGGAAUAGGGGGAUGUGAUCAACAAACUGGUGCAGAAGGUAUUCAGCUAGAUGUUAAUGAGGUUGUUCCAGCAGGAAAAUCAUUUCACAGAUACCAAUAUGAUUCUAGUUCUAGGAAAACCCCAAUCUUUGUCACGAAGGCUGAGAAAGAUCCUUUACUUGGUUUCUUCAAAAACACUCAUAAGGUAUACAGUAAAGGUGGAACCUUUGUUCUGAGUAAAGAUUUGCAGAAUGGAGGUACUAUAAUAGCAGGAUCAAGUGGAAAGAUAUCUAGUGUUAAAGAGGUGGAAGUAUACUUCUGGGAUGCUAAUCCCAAAAUUCCAAUUUUACUUGGAAUUACGAAAAAAACACAAAAAGAAUAUACAACAUACUAUGGUACUCUUAUUCAACGUUGGGGGCCUAGCCAAGUAUCUGGUAUGGAUAAACAACAGGCACUUGAUCAUCAGAACUGUCAAAAGAACAAUGCGAUACCUAUUGAAUUAACAGAUCCUACUGAUCUCGAACGAUUCAAAGCUAAGGAUAAUCCAUCUAGUUGCCUAAAAUAUAAGUCUGUAAAAUCACAAAAAUCUCUACCAUCUCUUCCAUCCGAAGCUGUUGAUUACAAGGUUGAAUCCUACGAAAUUCUUGAUGUUCAUAAGCAUACUGGAACAACUAGAAUAUCUAGGGUUACAUACAAUGAAAACCCUACUAACAUUGUUACCACUGAUGCUUUUGUAUCUCAACUAAGGAUAUACAAGUGGAACAAUUCUCUGAUCCCUCUACUUGUGGAAUUUAAGAAGUCCUCUGGAUCGGAGUGGCAUGAGAAUCUUGCCACUCCGCUCCUGAUCUAUUACACUACUGAUGGACAUAAUAAGUGGUUCAAAGACUCUGUAGGAAGUGGUGGUUGGACAAAAGCUGAACUGGAUAACAAGCCUGAAGAUUACUAUAAAAUUCUUGAUGAACUGAACAACAUAGAUAAGACUAGGAACCCCUGUAAACCUCCUGAAACUGGUACCUCUGCUGCUCUUGCUGGAGUUGGUACCGCUGCUGUUGGUGGAGCCCUAGGAUCAUGGGCUAUCUUUGGAGCAUCUUCUGCUCCUAUUGCCGGAGCUGGAGGUAUUACUGGAUUUGCUUAUUGGUUGUACAAACGUUCUAAAGGAGAUCCUUGGGUUAGACAGAUAUGA